AUGGAUUCUCCAUCCAAUUCUAUCCAGAAUUUGCAGCAAGAAGCCCAGGGCAGCUCUUCCGCACAGCUUGCUGACCAUGAUCAUGAUCGCGUAUCAAUGGCUAUGCCCUUACAAACCGAUCAAAGUGUUAGUGUUUCACAAUCUUCUGAUAAUUUAAGGAGAUCAAGACGUGUUCCUAAGCCAAGAACGAGCAUUUAUGAUGAAUACGAGGAAGAGUUAAAGGAAAGGGCGAAUAAACCCAAGAGGAAGAGACCUGCUCCUCCUAAGAAAAAGGCACCUUCCACACAGAACUCUAAAUCAAAUGAUAAAGUAGAGAAAAAGAAGACUACCUCAAUUGCUAAGGAUGGCAAACCUACACUGAAGACUAAUGACAAAAAAGUGGCGCCGAAACCUAAACCAGCCCAUGAACAAGUAGAACCCGCUUUGAUCCCUAGCAAUUGGACUUCUGUAAUACCCUUGCUUACUUCUGAUUUCAAGAACCAGUAUAGUGUCAUCUCUAGGUUAAAAAAUCCGAACAUGAAGCCUGUGCCAUAUGCUGGAGAUAUCAUUAAGCUGAUGGCGUUCAUAAAUAAGUUUAGUUCUUUUUUCCAUUCUGACCUACAAAAUUUAUCAUUCCAAGAUUUUGAGGUCGGUUUAGAUUUGUAUCCCGGCGAUCCUAAUGGAAGCGCAGCUGGUAUAGUGAAGGGUCCUGAAGACACCUCCUUAUUGCUAUAUCCUGAUUUUAUGGCCAUCAAGGAUAUCGUCUAUUGCCAAGACAAAAUGAAUUUACUGUUCCUAUCCUUGUUAGAUUUAACAUUUACUGAAAAUUUUGAUGGUAAAAGUGCCAAGAAGAAAGGUCCAUUAACAACCUGGGAGAAUCUAAAAUCGUCCUCCAAGAAAGUAUUUUCCAAUCCUCUUUAUCGGUUAAGACUUGUAGCUCGCGAAUGGGGGUAUCCACGAGAAUGGCGUCAACAACUCCCCAGUGACCAAGAUAUCUCCAAACCUAAAACUGCUCUUUUUGAACAAGAUGAACAAACACCAGUGGUGGAUCCCAGUCAUCCAGAAAUUUUAACGCCAAAUAUAUAUACCUGGAAUGCUAAUGAACCACUCCCAUUGGAAUCAAAUCCUUUGUAUAAUCGAGAAAUGGACAAGAAUGGAAUUUUGGCGCUCAAACCAAUGGAUCGCGUUGUUUUAUUGAGGGCGUUAACUGACUGGUGCGCUUCCCAUUCAUCUGCUAUUCAUGACGAGAUAUACAAAUUAACUCAUGGUAAAAAAGAUCCCGUUUUUGGCAUCCAAACACAACAAGUGCCUAGGUAUACAAUUGAAGGGGUAGAUAAUACCAUAAAUCAGUUUAAAAAACUCUGCUCACUAAUUCAAUCAAGAUAUGAAAUCAGAAGUAAGAAAAAACAUUUUGUUAAACAACUAAAAGAGGGUAAAAAACCAGAUUUAUCAAGGAAGCUAGAAAUACUGAAGGAAAUUAAAGCGGAAUUGAAGAACGCUGUAAAAUCCGAAAAGGAUGAACUUUUGUUCUCACUGUACGACAAGUGGGUCCCAUUGUUUGAAGGCGAAUUACCUGAUCAACCAUUAGCCAAUCCUUUUUCGGAAAGACUUUAUAAAUUGCGAUUACAAGAGUUCUUCCUUGGUAGAGUUCCCCAUAUAGGUGAUUUUUAUAUGCCAAGAUUACACAGUUAUGGGGACUCACUCGAAAUGAGCACCUUCACUGAUUUGAGAAAUCUACAAGCAUUGCUAUCGAAAUUCAAAAAUAAUGAAUACAACGCUUUUACACUGUUUGAAAAUGAUGGACAAUCGAUGAGUGCCCAAUUCAAAUUGUUUUACCAUGACACACCAUCGUUGGCGCAUGAUGUUGCACGAGGCAGAAAUACAUCGGGGAAGGUUUAUUGGUAUGAAUUAUGCCACGAUUCAGCAACACUGCUGGAGUUCUUGGAGUUCUUGGACUAUAAAAUUGUUAAACCUCAAGAUGAGAAAAAGGAGGGAAAUGAAAAAGAAAAAGAAGCACUGAAUAAUGAAGCGCACAUAUUGGAGCAGAAAUCUACCACUGAUAAUAAUCCCUCCAUAAAUACAAACCCGCUACCAAAAGACGCAAAAUAUAACACUGCGAGAAAGAAGUUACAGAUAUUAAAGGAAUUUUUAUCUGAUUACUAUUUCAUUCUUCGUCAGUUUGAACAAAUGAAAGUGCAAUUUGCAGACAUGAAGCCAGGCAAGAGACAGUUGAGAAGGAUACAGCGACAGACUGUAAACUAUAAUACGGAAUAUGAUAGCGAGGAAUAUGUCGAUGAUGAAGAAGACGACGAAGCUGAUAUUUAUGAUGACAACGACAAUGAUUCUUCUUUUGAUGAUGGUAGAGUUAAAAGGCAGCGCACUUAG